CUUUGAUAAUUCAACUAGCGAUACUGAUGAUAAUGAAAAAGCUCAAUUUGAAAACCUGUCCAAUGAUUUUCAAAUCUCUGAAAAUGAUCAAAUUAAUCAAAUGCUAUUACAACAUCAACGUCGUAUUACAAUGAAGUGUAAUAUUCCAAACUGUCUUGAUGCAAACCAAUUAAUAAUUGAAAAUGAAGAAUUUGAAUAA